AUGGGCUUUCGAUACAGAUCGUCGACGACGAUCACGUCGACCAGCGAUGCGAUCCGAUUGCACGAGCUCCAGCGCGUAGCUGGCAUCCAACACGCCUCGCGUCGGCUUACUCUGUCAGCGGCGGCUUUGGACCCUUGCCUGCGGGCCGUGACGGUCUGGGGAGGCAGUCUGUCCAAUCGUGCUUGGAUUGCCUUGGUGCUGGGCACCUUCAGCCCGAUCUUCUGCGCCUCAUGUCGGAGCCAGCGGCGAGCGCCUGCACGUUCGGCUUCCGAGGCAGAUGAGAGCCGCCGCUCUCCCUCUCCCGCCCUCGCGGGCGCGGCAACAGCGAAGCGGCAACGGGCGACGCCUGAUAAAGCUGGAGAAGCUCAUGAAAACGGGCGCGACCCAGCCCAAGCUUAUCCAGCGAAGGCUGGCGGCUGCGUUGCCCGGGAUGCGGGUCAGCGCAGCAAGUGGGCGGAUGAUCUUCUCGCGGCGGUGCGCUUUGCCCAAUUAGCGUCGCUCGCCGUCUUCAGGUCCGCGGUUCCGGCUUGGCUUGGAGAAUGGCGGCUCGGUCAUCGUCGAGGAACAGAAACGGGCGUCGUUCUGCGCACUGUCUCGCAGGCGGUGGCGCGGGCGCAGCCAUCAAGCGCUACACCGAAGGGCAACCCCAGACGCGACCGUGACAGCGUUUCUCGCCGACCGACACGCCGAGAGCGGUUGAAUGAGCGGUCGUCCUCGAUGCGUCUGCCGUGCCGCUGCCAAGGAGAACGCGGAGGGAGCGAAGGUGGCUGGAGAUGA